GCAAAGGGGGGACCACAGUGGGGCGCGCGCGUGUCUUUCACCAGGUUAUGAGUUCAAGAUAAUCACACGGGUCCAAAGGACAGUGUCGGUGUGUGCGCGAGUCUAGACUGCUGUAGGCUGGUGUUUGUCUAGCACAGUGGCGUUGAGCAGAAAGAGCCGAGGUGUGGGCAAUAAAGUGAAAUGGCUCGGCCGGGCUGACCAGAUGGGAGGAGAGGUAGGCUGGGACGGGACAGAGGGCAGGACUGGCAGGGCGCGGUCUCCUCCACGGCAUCUGAUCUUUCGGAACUCUUCCAUUUCCAGUUGAGCUGAGAGUCUUGCACCACAGGCCACGCAUUGAGAGCCAAGCCGAGUGGCAGGAAAACCGCUGCGGGGACACCCUUUGACCGCUACCCAAAAAGCCCAGUCAGUCUGCGCACCGGGGCCUGUCUGACUGAGGGACGUUUCUCACAGCUAGGGAACGGCUUUGAACCUGUCUGCCAAGAUAAACGAUCUUUCCCUAUUUAUGCGCGUGUCUCCACUUGGACUGGGAGACGAGACGUUCACCGUGAGAGGAGCAGCUGAACGCACCAGUACUUUAUUAUAGGGGAUCUUACCUGGGGUUUUAAAAGACGCCGGCGCGGUACUACAUCUCCAGUAGCGCAGCGUCUUUUUGCGCGCCGGGAUAUGGCGAGUUUUGGGGACUUGGUGAUUAAUUUGUAACUGUCCUGUACUCCUCCCCCUCUUGUACCCUGUGGAAGGAGAUAAGCAGCGACCAGGGGGAGGAGGUGUUUUAAAUUGAUCAGUGACAUUUGUUUCUGUCACCACCUUUUGGGGUGUCCGUUGGCGUGGGUGAGUGGAAUGCUACUCCCCAGGCUCGUGGUGUGCCUCGCCGGAUGCGCAGUGAUUCUCUCGCAGGUCAGCGAGGGCUGCGGGCCGGGAAGGGGAUAUGGCAAGAGGAGGUCACCGAGGAAGCUCGCGCCACUUGCCUACAAGCAGUUCAGCCCUAACGUAGCCGAGAAGACACUAGGUGCGAGUGGUCGAUAUGAGGGGAAAAUAACACGGAACUCGGAGCGCUUCAAAGAGCUGACCCCGAACUAUAACCCUGACAUCAUCUUUAAAGAUGAAGAGAACACAGGUGCAGACCGGAUGAUGACACAG